ACAAAGCUUGCUUCGAAUUAAGCUCAAAAGAUUUGUACUGCAAGAGAUGGACUCUUGGCUUCAAAUCCUUCUUCUCGCCGCUUGCAUCGCUCCGGCCGUGGUCGAGGGCAGAGUUCGGAACUACACAUUCAAUGUCGUAAUGAAGAAUACGAAUAGGCUGUGUUCGAGCAAGCCCAUCGUGACCGUGAACGGGAGGUUCCCGGGGCCCACUCUCUAUGCUAGGGAAGACGACACCGUGCUCGUGAGGGUCACCAACCGCGUCAAAUACAAUGUCACCAUCCACUGGCACGGUGUCCGGCAGCUGAGGACGGGGUGGGCUGACGGGCCGGCAUACAUUACCCAAUGCCCGAUCCCGACAGGCCAAAGCUACAUGUACAAUUUCACCAUCACGGGCCAACGGGGCACCCUCCUCUGGCAUGCCCACAUACUCUGGCUCAGGGCAACCCUGCACGGAGCCAUUGUCAUCUUGCCGAAGCGUGGCGUUCCGUACCCUUUCCCUAAACCCGACAAGGAAGUCGUUGUCGUACUGGGCGAAUGGUGGAAGUCUGAUACAGAAGCUGUGAUCAAUGAAGCCAUCAAGUCCGGAUUGGCGCCGAACGUCUCCGAUGCUCACACCAUCAAUGGCCAUCCAGGGCCAAAUUCCAAUUGCCCUUCCCAGGGUGGAUUCACAUUGCCUGUCGAGAGUGGCAAGAGAUACAUGCUCCGAAUCAUCAAUGCUGCGCUCAAUGAGGAGCUCUUCUUCAAGAUCGCCGGGCACCAGCUGACCAUCGUGGAGGUCGACGCCACCUACGUCAAGCCUUUCAAGACGGACACAAUCCUGAUUGCGCCGGGCCAAACCACCAAUGCCCUUGUCUCCGCUGACCAGAGCUCGGGCAAGUACUUGGUUGCCGCCUCCCCUUUCAUGGACUCCCCAAUUGCCGUAGACAACGUGACCGCAACCGCCACAUUACACUACUCCGGCACACUCGCCACGACCUCCACGACCCUCACCAAGACUCCCCCACAAAACGCCACCGCAGUGGCAAACAAUUUCAUUAACUCGCUCCGGAGCCUCAACUCAAAGAAAUACCCUGCCAAAGUCCCGCUCACCGUCGAUCACAACCUCCUUUUCACUGUUGGACUAGGAAUCAAUCCUUGCCCUUCGUGCAAGGCCGGCAACGGAAGCAGAGUUGUGGCAGGCAUGAACAACGUGACGUUCGUGAUGCCGACGACAGCCCUUCUCCAAGCGCAUUUCUUCAACAUAAGCGGCGUCUUCACGAGUGAUUUCCCUGGUAACCCGCCGACCAAAUUCAACUACACGGGGGCGCCGCCAUCGAAUUUGCGGACCACGAGCGGGACCAAGGUGUACCGGUUGCGCUAUAACUCGACGGUCCAGCUCGUGUUGCAAGACACCGGGAUCAUCGCCCCGGAGAACCACCCAAUCCAUCUUCACGGGUUCAAUUUCUUCACAGUCGGGAAGGGAUUAGGGAAUUAUAAUCCGAAAAUGGAUCAGAAGAACUUCAAUCUUGUUGAUCCUGUUGAGAGGAACACAAUAGGAGUACCAUCUGGUGGAUGGGUUGCAAUCAGAUUCAGAGCAGAUAAUCCUGGCGUUUGGUUCAUGCAUUGUCAUCUGGAAAUUCACACGACCUGGGGACUCAAGAUGGCCUUCUUGGUGGACAACGGGAAAGGCCCGAACCAGUCGCUUCUACCGCCUCCGAGCGACCUUCCGAACUGUUGAUCCAUGAGGAAAAUUUUGUAUGCGGCAGCUCAAGAUAAAGAAUUAUGAGAAGAGAAAGGAGAGCCUGACCACAAAGGAAAAAGCUUAUGUAGGUGGUUUUGACUUAGUACAAUGAAGAUCAGAAUUAUUUUCUUGAGCAGAUGUAGGGAAACUACUGCUCAAGCAUGUUGAAUUUUUUUUUUUUUUUUAAGAAUUGUCCUUGUUUUGAUUGCAAUUCUUGUACUUCGUAAGAAAUUAUUUUAAUCAGAGAGGUGCUGCAAGUUUUUU